AUGAUCAAAAGCAGUAGAAAGAAAUUUAUUGCAGGCUUAUUGCUUAUGUCGGCUGAUAAACGGUACGUGACUGGAUUGCGUCCACAAAACAACCGGUUAUUUUAUUCGUUGCACAAAAGAGUUGCGGAUAAUAAAAAACCGAUGAUUACCAAAAAAGAUGCCACUAACUGGCCAGCCGUCGGGAUGUCCUUUAUCAUCCACCUUCUUUUCUUCGGACCAGCUGUUUACAUCGUUGUCCUCUGCGCCCAGCUCGACUAUUCGCUCUUCAUCUGGCAUCCGACAUGCUUCACGGUUGGGUGUUGUUUAUUGAUGACCGAAGCCAUCCUCGGGAUUUCCGGAGAGGCUCUUCUCUCCUCGAAGAUGCCAAUGCCAAGUCGCGUAAAGCUUCACUGGAUCCUCCACGUCCUGGGUUUGGGACUACUGGCGGUUGGCUUAGGGACGAUCAUAGCUCACCGUAUCCAAUUCGGUUCUGUCCACGCCGCUUUCAUCCAUGGAAAACUGGGUGUUUUUGCUAUCGCGUUAGCUCUUAUAGUGGCCGUGAACGGUGUCCUGUGUUUGAACACUGGAAUGUGCUGCGUUAAAUCGAGCAUAACUCGCCGAAAAGUUCUUCAUGGAUGCGGUGGUAUUUUCUCGACGAUUCUCCUCCUGGCUAGCCAAAUUACCGGCAUUUACACGAGCUGGUGGCCCAGCUCCGAAAUCGACAGACAUUUGACCGGGGCGGCCUACGUCGUCGGUGGAAUUCUCCUCCUCGCCAAGCCUCUUCAUACAACGAUACUGAGGAUCCGCGGAGUUUCUUCUUGA